CGACAUACGUAGUGCUGUUUGUUUGAGCGGAUACAUUGGAGCCUCGCAGCUCACGUUUACGACCCUUUGGGCAAAUGACGUCCUGGAACCAAUAACACGAACGGGGGGCUGAUCGAUUGGGCAGCCAGCGGGUGGCGACAACGGUCCGCCAUUGACGUUCUUGGUCCAAGUCACGAAUGCAACGCGCCGUGCAGGCGUUCGUGAACACGCCCAGCCAUUUAAACCGAAUGAAUCCCCAAGCGUUGCCGUUGUGAGUUUAGACGUCAAGCCGGCCGUCUGCGCUGCUUGCUUCCAUUCUUCCUUCCUUCCAUCCUUCCCUCUUUGUUUGCGGCGGCGGAGGAGGCCCAGAGCUCCAUUCACAGGGAGCCAAUCACCGUCGCGCUUACUGGCAGCGCUCGGCCAAUGGCGCAGCGACGUGCUUGCCGGUCACGCUCCGACCGCGGGGAGGCAAGAGGCGAAUGGGCCAGUGUCUGUCGGGCAAGCUAACCGCUAACGUCUCUUGAUUUACAAUUGGAGUCUUCAGCGAGCCUUUUCCUCGGGAGCAAAGGCGCGGAAUCGCUUUGGAAAAAUCCAGACCACCCGACGAUAUUGAGCUGGGCCGGCUAAAAGGUCAACGAGCGGCUUUGUUGGGCUAAAUUAGCGUGGCUCCUGCUAGCGUCAUCGACGAGGCGCCAGUCAAUCGUGUUUGACAACAACGCGCCCGCUGCUCGCUCGCUCCUGCCCGCUGCUCUCCCGCCCCCGCCGCUGCGGUUCCGUUAUCCGCUAGCCCAUUUGCAAGGCGCUUGCUUCAAAGUCGACAUGGCCGAGUUUCUGGAAGACCCGUCGGUGCUUACGAAAGACAAGUUGAAGAUCGAGCUGGCGGCGAACAAUGUGGCGCUGCCGAGCGGCGAGCAUAAGAAAGAAGUCUACGUGCAGCUCUAUUUGAAGAAUUUGACGGCGCAGAACAGCAAGAGGAGCCCGCCUGCCGACACUUUCUCCAGCGACGACGAGCUGCCCACCCCGGUGGUCUCCAACAAAAGCCGAUCCGGCAGAAAAGCCACCAAGAAGACGGACAAGCCUCGCAUAGAGGUGGAGGUGACGGAACUCACCGAUGAUGACCUCAGACAGCAACUGGCCAAGUAUGGAGUGGACGCGGGACCCAUCGUGGCCUCGUCGCGCAAGUUGUACGAGAAGAAGCUGCAGAAGCUUCUGGGAGAGCUGGCGGCCGAGGCCCCCGCCGACGUCACCGCGCUCCCCACGGCCGACGCCGAUCAGAACGGCAACACCAACUCUGACCAGUACAGCGACAAGGAAGACGAGGAAAUGACCAGCGCCGAACCACCGGAGUCGGUUCCCGUCGUAGACAAGCCCGUGCGCAGCAGAGGGAAAACUCCUGUAGCCGUGCGGAGCGGCAGCAGACGGCAAACCAAGGUGCCGGAGGCGACCGGCGACGGCCCCGUCAAACUCGGCGAGAGCGUGGUGGAAGACAUCCUGGCCAAUGAAAUCAGCACGCCGACAGUCAUCAGCGCCACCUGCAGGCGUCCCAUCCGAGGAGCGGUGGGCCGACCGCUCAAGCCCAGCGAGUACUGGCUGGACGAGUCCCGCGUGUGCCACAGCGUCCACACGGAGAAACGCUCCUACUCGGAGUCCUUCUUGCGGGGGGCGGCCCCCUCACUGGCCACCGUGGGCGCGGUGCGCCGUGGCGGCGGCGUCCUCUCCCUCCUGCUCAAGCUGGCCCUCUUGGUGGCCGUGCUCUGCGGCCUGCUUUUUCUAGCCCAGCAGAAUCUGGAGGCGGCUCACAUCUUCCUGGACGACACGGCGGUCCGUUUCCGGGAGGUGGCCGGGCAGGCCGCCGCCUACCUGGGCCUGGGCGACGGGUCCGAGGCGUAAGGUCUGUCUGUCUGUCUGUCUCGCCUGGGCCGCCCGCGCCUCCCCUGCCGCACAACUGCGUUCACUCGACAAAAACUGGCUUCAAAGCACUUUGGACAAACCUGCCUUUCAAACGCCACUCGACGGACGGACGGACGGACGGGACUGGGUUCAGAGCGCUUUUCACCAAAGUGGUUUCCAACCGACCGGUUUGGACAAAAUUGGCUUCACGCAGGGUCCUACAUUAACAGCGGCGGGCGGGCGAUUGGCCCACGACACCUUUUGCUUUUUUAAACACGACCCGGCCAUGGCGUUUCUUGACAUGCAUUGUCCUAUUUUUGUCAAUAAAUACUGAGUAGGAAAAUGAGAAAAAACGUCCACGUGUGCGAGGCCGCCUCUGGCUCUAGCUGGCCCACGACCCCGAUGGACUUCAUGUAGGACCCUGUCGAUGGAAAAAGUGUCUUGGCAGCCUCAGAGCACAUUCAAGCAAAUGAAUUUGAAAGCUACCACUUUUGGCUCCUCCACUCCGCAGGAUUUGCAGCAGCAGCAAGCAGGCGGUUGGCGGCGGCGCCACCACAGACUCAUUUUCAUGUCCUUUCUUUUUAAAAUUUCUUGUCUUUCUGUGUAUGUAGAGUUGAGUGUAGAGGGCCACCUAAUCCACCGCAUGCUUGUAGUUUUGCUCCGCUGCGGCCACCCAUGCAUCCCCACGCUGAGGGUGUUUCUGAGGGUUUGAAAAUGGACUUUUUGAAAUUGCCGUUACAAACGGAGGACAUUGAAGUUCCUCUAGAAAUCAGGCGCCCAUUCUUCUCCAUUACCGGCUGGCUCUUUUAACAGGUGACGUUGUUUUAGUGCUUUAGUUGUGCUUUUUGGGUUAGUCUGCUCUGUUUAGAAUUAGCUUCGCAAACUUCGACGUCCUCCCACCUAGCUCGGGACCUCGCAAAGCCCUCCCUCGGCGAGAUGCAUCUUCGGCGACUGCUUACGCCUCGACAAAUUGAACCCUUUCAACGCUUCGGCCGGGAUGUGGGAAUUUUGAUAUUUUUUUAAAGGUGGUGCAUUUCCUCCCCUCCCUCCCUCCCUCCCUCCCCCAUAGCACCCUCAAAGGUAAUGCAAUACGGAAGAGUCAGAUGAGCGACUCGGUAUCUUUUGAAUUUGACUUUGGAGCAAUUUCCUCUGGAGGCAGCUUCCUUCCCCACAAUGGCCACAAAUAUUCACGGAGUUGCGUUUGGAUGGAUUUUUAAUGGUAUUUAUGAUCCAGUAGGCAAUGUAUCCUAAAAUAAACAUCCUCCUUAACA